UUUGACAAACAAAUGGGAAGAGGUACCUCAAGGUCUUCAAGACACCCUUUGGGAUUACAUUAAGACUAUGUAUCAUAUUGACAACAAUCCACUGAAGAAAAAGUAUGUAAUGGCACACUUGAGUGACCGGUUUAGGGAUUGGAAAGCUAAGUUGGUAAGUGGACAUAUCACAAAGACAAGAAAAAUCUCGCCUAAUGCCAAACCACCUUACCUUGUAUAUGAAGCCAUCACUGAAGAAAUAUGGCAGCAAUUUGUUGCAGCUAAGACCACCGAUACAUUUAAGGAAAUAAGCGAGAAGGCACGGAAGAGUCAGUCGCACAAUCUGCAUCCUCAUUUUAUGGGGCAAAAAAGCUAUUCACAGAAGGAAACUGAAUGGGAGGUUGAAGGAAGAUACCCUUCAGUCGGAAGUACAGAUUCAACCAUGAGAAAACGACAUCUAAAUUGGAUUUUUGGCCGGCAAAAGAAAAACGAAAAAGGAGAAUAUGUUUUCCCUAAAGAUGAAGCACGCCUGGUUGGUGAAAAAAUAGACAAGGAGGUUCAGGAAGUCGAGCAAGGAAUUUGGACUCCACAUAGGCAAGAUGAUGUCUUAUCCCGUUCCCUUGGAAAGAAAGACCGUCGUGGACGUGUGGUUGCAGUUGGAGGAACAAUCGGCCAUCAAGCAUAUUGGGGGAAACCGGUUCGAAAUAAUGGAGAAUAUGAUCAUUUCUCACAAGCCGAACUAAAAAAGAUUGAAGGCGAUUUUGAGGCUAAAAUAGAGCAAGUGCGAAAGGAAACUAUAGCUAUGAUGGAAAAGAAAAUGGAGGCCGUAGUUGAGGAAAAAUUCAUUAACUUGGUGACAAAAUUAGGUCUAAAAUUGCCGGUUGGGAUGGAGAUUGGAAAGACCACAACCACUACAACCACUACGCGGAGUCGUAGCAACUCACCUUCUGUGGAGCUAGAGCCUAAUUCUGACCCAUUUGCGGAGUUGAAGAGUCCUUUAGCAUGUCGUCUGUGCCAACUUGAUGAUUCCCAACAAUUAGUAGUCGUGGCUAGGGGUGUAGCAUAUCCGUUCAAUGCUGAAGAUGUAGUACACCAUUCUGCAAUGAAGCCUGGUUAUUUGAAAGUUAGUGUGAACUCAUGUGUUCCUGGCUAUGAAACUGCACCUCUACCUGUACCCAACUUAGAGAUGAAGGAUGUUGGGGGAGCCGUAAAAAGUUUCGUCCAAUGGCCUAGAAAAUUGAUUAUAGGGGACAAGGAGUUUGUUCCGCGACGCAAGAUGAGUAGCGACCAACCGUUAGCGAUUAAUGUUGCUGUUAGUAGUGAUAUCGUUGUGGAGCCUGAUUCGUCUAUGAAGUUGAAGGUACAGGACAAGCGGGAUAAGGAAAAAAUUGUUGAUACUCAAAACACUGUUGAGUUCACUAUGGAAAGGACGCCGCUUGUUUCACAUAGUGUAAUGAAGCAUUUGAGUGAGUCAUGCAAACGACUCGCUAAUAUUCUUACUGAUCUGCCCCCUGGUGUGGAAUCCAUAUCUUUUCAAUUAGAUGCUGAGGUAUUCGGAUACAAGGAAAAUUUUUCUAGCUAUAUCUCAAAGGAGGAUGUUGUCCAACUUCUCAGCGGGGCUUGGUUAAAUAUAUCAACCAUACAAAUAUUCAUCAGGGCCUUACACGAAAAAUGCAAGAACUUGAGUGUUGACUCAAUCACAUUCAUGUGUCCGCAAUUGAUUUCAGCAACUACAUUGUUGGCAAGUUCGGAGAACAUAGAUGAAGCAUGUGAAUACAUGGCAAGGGUAAUGAAAGCAGCUUCCGAAAACAAUCAAAAGAUCCUAGCCCCAUAUCAUCAGAACAAUCAUUGGGUGCUUCUUGUGAUUUACCCUACCAUAAAUACGGUUCACGUAUUUGAUUCAAUUAAGAAGAAACGCAGCCUAGCAAUAAGAGUGGUAUUGGAUAGGUAA